UACAAUUAAUUUUGAUAUAUACAACUUUUAGGGAUACUUUUUUUUUUUAGUGUAUAAAUUUUGAACAAAAUCACGUGUUAGUUUGUGUUAUUAAUAGCAAAAAAAGUUACCAUCAAUAGCUCUUAAAAAAAUUUAGCUAGUUAGCCUACAAAAAAUUUCUUCUCUCCACCUUAAUUGAUUUUUAUUUUCUUCCUAAAAUCUAGUUAUGGUCUUCAAAAACAUUAACUCCUGUUCUCCAUUCCUUCCCCAUUCUAUUGACUUUUAUAUUUCACUUCAUUAAUAUUUAUCCUCCAAUUUUCUUCAAAUAAUCAAACUCACUUUUUCUUUAAAACACAAAAUUUUCCUCUAUAUAAACACAAUCUUAGCUCCCAUAGACUUUGUUCAUUGCACCCACUCCUCUUCACUUCAACCAUACUCCAUUGCUCCCAUUCUCUCCCACACACUCUCUCUCGCGCUCACUCGUGCUCUCUCCCUUACAAUGUCAACAUAUGAAGAAGACAAACAAGGGGAAACCCUUCAAAAAAUAAAACAGCGAAACAAGGUUGAUGUGAUUCAGAUUGGGCUAAGAACAGCUGCACUCGCAACGUCGAUAGUAGCUUCUUCCAUAGUAUUCACUUGUAAUCAAACUGCCAUUAUAUUUGGAAUGCAAAUGGUAGCCAAAUAUAGCUACUCCUCAGCUUUCAAGUUUUUUGCAUAUGCAACAGCAAUAGCAAGCCUGUUUUCUCUUCUUUCCUUGAUCCUCACCUUCAUUCGACCGCGAAUUGCAUCAACUAAAGCUAAUCAUCAUUUGUUCUUCUUCUUGCAUGAUCUGGUAACAAUGUCACUAUUACUAGCAGGGUGCGCGGCAGCAACAGCCAUAGGGUACGUAGCGCAAUAUGGUUAUGAACAAUCAGGCUGGAUGCCAAUCUGUGACCAUUUUCAUAGCUUCUGCCACAAGGCCAUCUUCGGCAUAGUCUUUGGCUACUUCUCUUGCAUCAUCUUCUUCGUCCUCACCAUCAUCAACGCUACCAAGUCUAUCACUAAUACUCACUAUUUUCCUUCUCAAAUCUAAAAUAAAAUAAAAUUGUUGUUGUAUACAUAGAUCGAACGAAUGAACUUAUAAUUGUAAGAGAAUGUAUUAAUUAUGUUGUUGAUACCGCGGCUUGGUUGUUGAUGAAUGAUGAUUUCAUUAGUGAGAAACACACUAAUUAAUGUUGAA